AAUAUGAUCCUCAACUGCGUUUCCCCUCCAGUCAGCAGACGGCGAUGUGCGUCUUUCAGGCGACGCUGCCAGCGUGACGUAUAAUCUAGUGGACGGUUCUUCAGAAACAGCUCGUCAACCACCGCGGUAGCUUUCUAGCCAGCAUAGCCGAAAGAUUCAAGCUAUUUAUACGCUUUCGGUGUAUAUUAGCUACUGUGUUUUAGACACACUUCUGUCGUAUCUACUUGUUAACCUAUUCAAUUUGAUAUUACGUUAUUUUUUUAUUAGUCAGCUAUAGUAGCUGGCUGGUUAAGUUAGCACUAGCCUAGUUGCUAAUGAUAGCUAGCUAACAUCCCCGACCAUGAGCUCCCUAAAAUUCUCCCCUCCUGUUAAAGAAGAGGGGGUCUGCUGGACGGAGAAAGAAGCUCUGGGGCUGAACAUUGUCGUGAAAGAGGAGAAGGAAGAAGAGGAUGUCACAGUAAAAAAAGAAGAGAAAUACGUUUCAGUUAAAGAAGAGGAAGACGCUUUCAGAGUGGAAGAAGAGGAUGCAGUUUUUGGAGUGAAGAAGGAAGGGGAGAUUACUGUCACAUUGAAAGACGAAGAGGUGGAGAUAGGAGAUCUGAUUGACACCAGAGAGAGACGUGACUAUCGUGGAUCCUCUGGAGAGCCUCAACAUCAUGAUGCUAACGAGGCAGAGAAGGGUCUCUCCACUUCAGAACACCUCAAGAAACGCCAGCAGAGACCCACAGAUAGGAAAUCUCACUGCUGCUCUGACUGUGGGAAACGUUGCAAAUCUUCAUCAGAACUUAAAAUACACCAGCAUGUACACACAGGAGAGAAAUCGCACCACUGUUUUGAUUGUGGGAAGAGUUACUUAAGAUCAGAAUCACUAAAAGUACACCUGAGAAUUCACACUGGAGAGAAACCUUAUAGCUGCGAUCAAUGUGGGAAGAGUUUUACUCAGUCAAGCUGCCUGAAAACUCACCAGAGAAUUCACACUGGAGAGAAACCUUAUAGCUGUGAUCAAUGUGGGAAGAGUUUUACUCAGUCAAGCUGCCUGAAAACUCACCAGAGAAUUCACACUGGAGAGAAACCUUAUAGCUGUGAUCAAUGUGGGAAGAGUUUUACUCACUCAAGCUGUCUUAUAGUACAUCUGAGAGCACACACAGGCGAGAAACCUUACCACUGCUCUGACUGCGGAAAGAGUUUUGUUAGUUCAACAGAUUUAAAAUCCCACCUGAAAAUACACACAGUAGACAAACCUUAUAACUGUACUCAAUGUGGGAAGAGUUUUAAUCACUCAAGCUGGCUGAUAGUACAUCUGAGAGCACACACAGGAGUGAAACCUUAUAGCUGUAAUCAAUGUGGGAAGAGUUUUGUUACAUCUAGCCAUCUGACUCUACACCAGAGAACACACACAGGAGAGAAAUCUUAUAGCUGUAGUCAAUGUGGGAAGAGUUUUAUUCAGUCAAGCAGCCUGAUAUCACACCAGAGAACACACACAGGUGAGAAACCUUAUAGCUGUAAUCAAUGUGGGAAGAGUUUUACUCAGUCAAGCAGCCUAGUAUCACACCAGAGAACACACACAGGAGAGAAACCUUAUAGCUGUAAUCAAUGUGGGAAGAGUUUUACUCAGUCAAGCAGCCUGGUAUCACACCAGAGAACACACACAGGAGAGAAACUUCAUAGCUGUGAUCAAUGUGACAAGAGAUACUCUGAUAAAAGAUCUCUGAUCAAACAUCAGAAAAUACAUACAUGA